AUGAGUGACGACCAUGACAUCCACGAGCUCGACUCGUUUAGCUUGCAAUUUCCGCUGCCUUAUCGAGUUGGGUUUAUAAUAGCAGCAGGUAUCUGGGGUUGGGGAAUCAAUCUCCAUCUCCUCCAUCGCUACAAGAUCGAUGUGCCCGCCCUCAUCCGAUAUCCACCCCGAACAUCGACAAACCAAGCUCCCCACCAUGUCUCGGCAUACCGACUCGCCGCCCUGAUAACCUUCUUCUUCUGCUUCUCGCUCGUUACGUUUUGGAUCUUCACCGGUGGAUCCGCCGCGCACGUCGUCUCCUACGACUGGCUCCCCGUCAGCUUCCUCGCGUCGCUCUGCGUCCUGUUCCUCGCACCCCUACGCAACUUUAUCCACGGCGGCCGCAGUAGAUUCCUGGCGACCUUGCGACGAAUCAGCCUCGGCGGGCUGGCGGAAACGAAGGACGGCAAGUUCGGCGACAUCAUACUUGCCGACGCCCUGACGAGCUACGCGAAGGUCAUCGCGGACCUCUACGUCGUCGUGUGCAUGUUCUUCACGCCAGGCAGUUCGGCAACGGGUCCUCCUAACCGUACGUGCGGCGGUAACCUCGUGCCCCUGAUCGUGGCCAUCCCGAGCGUGAUCCGGCUGCGGCAGUGCCUCAUCGAGUACCUGCGCGUGCGGAAGUCGCCGUUCAACCCGGCCGUCGGUUGGGGCGGACAGCACCUCGCCAACGCCCUCAAGUACUUCACGGCAUUCCCCGUCAUCAUCUUCGGCACCCUCAUGUCCCGGCUACCUCCGGACCAGCCCGACUAUUCCCUCAACCGCGCGUGGGUCAUCGCCUCGCUCGUCCAGUCGCUAUACUCGUUUUACUGGGACGUCGCUAAGGAUUGGGACCUCACGCUAUUCUCGUCGGCGAAGGAGCGGCUGUCGGCUGAGUAUCCAGCCGGACUAAGGUGGAGGACAGUGUUUGAGCCGUGGACUUACUACUCCGUCAUCGCGCUCGACUUGGUGCUCCGCCUCACGUGGAUAUUCAGGCUUGGGCCGGGUCUGACGCGGCUGCCGGACGCGGAGAAGACGGUUUUCAUCUUGCACUUCCUCGAGGUGUUUAGGCGGUGGAUUUGGAUCUUUUUUAGAGUCGAGACGGAGUGGGUUAGGAGCACGUCUACGGGGUUGGGACUGGAUGAUAUCUUACUCGGGGACUAUGAUGGCAAGCACGAGGAUGAGGACUAA